AACCUCCGCUACAUCUCCUAUGGAUACGAGAGAGAAUCCCCCUUCCUUCCGGCGAUCAAGCAAUUGAUCUCCAAGGAUCUCUCCGAGCCGUAUAGUAUCUACGUGUAUCGAUACUUCCUCUACCAAUGGGGCGAUCUUUGUUUCAUGGCUCUUGACGAGCAAGAUGAACUCAUCGGAGUCAUCGUCUGCAAACUUGAGCCCCACCGUGGCGGUCCCAUGCGAGGCUACAUCGCCAUGCUGGCAACCCGCUCAGAGUACAGAGGGCAAGGGAUCGCCGGCAAACUAGUGCGAAUGGCCGUGGACAAAAUGAUCGAAAAGGAUGCCGAUGAGAUCGCCCUCGAAACCGAAGUCGACAACAUUCCCUCCUUGCGAAUCUACGAAAACCUGGGCUUCAUCCGCACGAAACGACUACAUCGCUACUAUCUCAACGGCAACACCGCGUAUCGACUGCUGCUGUAUCUCAAGCCUGGCAUUCCGUUCAUGAAAACGCUGCCGCCGGAUUAUCUGCCGCCCAUG